AUGUCGUACAAGCCGGCGAUCACCUCCAUGUCCCUUGGACGGGCAUGGGUCCAUCAGCUAGCGCCCAAAAUUGCAGCAGCGAGAGGUUUUGCCGGGAUUGAGGUGUUUUACGAAGACCUCGAAUACCACGCGCGCUCGUUACCUGGUGGUCUGUCGGACCAGACUCUUCUAGAAACUGCACGAGAAUUCAGAACGCUUUGCGAUGAGCAAGGCCUCACAAUCAUCGCUCUCCAACCGUUCCUACACUAUGAAGGACUCUUAGACCGCGAGGAACAUGGACGGCGCAUUGAAAAGUUGCACCUUUGGUUUCAGAUCGCGCGAAUCCUAGGCACAGAUACAAUCCAGGUGCCAUCCAACUUUCUGCCCGCAGAUGUCAUCACGGACGAUUUGGAGACCGUUGUUUCCGACCUCCGUAAAAUCGCAGACCUAGGUCUUCAACAGACACCGACGCCAAUACGCUUCGCAUACGAGAACAUAUGUUGGGGCACGUUCGUCAACAAAUGGGAGCAACUAUGGCAGAUCGUGGCCACGGUCGAUCGGCCCAAUUUCGGAAUGUGCCUGGACACAUUUCAUAUCGCAGGUGGAGAGUGGGCUGACCCGGCCAGAGAAGACGGGAGAGUCAAUGACCAUGCAGACAAGCUUCUGCAGAGAAGUCUGGACAAGAUGGUCCGUACUAUUGAUUCCAGUAAGAUAUUUUAUGUUCAGUUGGUCGACGGAGAAAGAUUAGAAUCUCCACUCACACCCGGUCAUCCUUUCUGGGUCGAUGGGCAACCGGCAAGAAUGAGCUGGUCGAGGAAUGCUCGAGUCUUUGCUUUCGAGGAACGAGGAUAUAUGCCCGUCCUCAAGGUUUUGAGGGCUCUUGUCGAUCCGCCUCCUCGAGGGUUAGGAUACAAGGGCUGGAUCAGUCUCGAGUUGUUCUCACGCACAAUGGCCGAGAGUGGAGAUCAAGUCCCGUUCGAACAUGCGCAACGAGGACUCAACUCGUGGAAUCGAGUGGUGCAAGCCAUGGGCUGGGAACAGGAGGUGUAG